CUCAAAAAGGCCAUCAUCCCCAAACCUCAAUUUCCAAUUUCCAGAAUCAGCCGAGAGCAAAACGGGAAAAGAAAAAAAAGAAAGAAGCUAAAAGGAAAAAAGUUCAGUAGAAGCAAGUGCAGUGCAAAGCCAUGGCAUCUGCAAUCCUGAGGCAAACACGCUCUUCGGCUUUGAAAUCAAUGUUUGAUAAUCUCCGAAUGGGAGGGUCAUCGAUGUCAUACGCAAAACUUGCAGUUGGUACAGACAUAGUAUCGGCUGCACCCGAUGUCUCUCUCCAGAAAGCCAGGAGCUGGGACGAAGGUGUCUCUUCUAAGUUUUCAACUACUCCUCUUAAAGACAUUUUCAAGGGCAAGAAAGUUGUGAUCUUUGGUCUACCUGGUGCAUACACAGGAGUUUGUUCACAGCAGCAUGUUCCAAGUUACAAAAAGAAUGUAGAUAAGUUCAAAGCUAAAGGGAUUGAUUCAGUGAUCUGUGUGGCUGUUAAUGAUCCAUAUGUGCUUAAUGGCUGGGCUGAGAAACUUCAAGCCAAUGAUGCUAUUGAAUUUUAUGGCGACUUCGAUGGGAGCUUUCAUAAAAGCUUGGAGCUUGAUAAAGAUCUCUCUGUUGCUUUGCUCGGAUUUCGCUCUCAUAGAUGGUCUGCCUAUGUGGAAAAUGGAAAGGUUAAGGUCCUUAAUGUGGAAGAAGCUCCAUCUGACUUCAAGGUUUCUGGUGGUGAGGUCAUUUUGGGACAGAUCUGAUGCUGCCAUCCUUUACAUUUCUAAUCCACAAGAGCAUUAUGGUUUUGCUAGCACGCCUUUGUAUGUAAAAUUUCCUUUCAAACUUGAGACAGCAUAGUUAAUAAGAUCAACGUUGCUGAUGUUAUGUUAAUUUCAAAGCUACUGGACAUGCAAUACCUGUUCCAUCCACAUAAUUUACCUACUUGUGAAUAAGUUGAGAAGUGAUUGCGAUAUUUGCCAA